AUGGCACCCUUGCUUGGCUUGGGCAUGGUCAACAGCACUCACGGAGGAGCACUUGGUUCUGUGGAGAUAGAACAUCUGCUAUCUGGGUGCGCCCUCGUGGUUUGGAAUGGACGUGCCUUGCGCACUCUUCGCCUCCGAUUUCUCCGCGGGGCUGGCUUCAAGCUGCCAACGCUGUCUCGGCCGUGCUCCGUGGACCGCUUCGUGGUGGACAGGGCCUCCACCGUGGCGCGCAAGAUGGACGGGCGCAAGGCGAUCGUUGCUGAGGCCUACAAGCGCAGGCUUGUUCGCUGGACUUCGUAG